AUGCUGUCCAUUGAAGCGGCGGGAGCUGGACGUGUCAGUUCCCAAAAUGCCGAUGUAAGCGAGGAGGCAAGGUUGUCAAAACGGCUUUCCAGCUUGGGCAAGCAAAGUCGAUGGGCGGGAGCUUUGUUGGAAUUGAUGGGCGUGAGCACACAACUGACUCAAACCAGCUCGCACAACGCGCUGGCAGCUGCAUGUGGCAAAAGUCAGGCCUGGGAAGUGGCGCUGGGCUUACUGGGGGAUGCUUGGCACCGGUCGCUUCGACUAAAUGCCAUCACCUUUGGAGCGGGUGCUCUAGCUUGUCAAGUGACAGCUGCAUGGCGGCGUUGCACUCAACUUUUGAGCACCGCGCGACAGAUGAGCACCCAGGUGAAUGUCGUGUGUUGCACAGCAUUGCUGCACGCGUGCGGGCGAGCGAGUGGCGAAGGCAAAUGGGCAUUCGCGGUUCUGGAUUUGAUGAGGGCUGAGGCAAUGCAACUGACGGAAGUCAGUUUCGGUGCUGCAAUGAGCGCUUGUGCACCUGAGGGGCAGUGGCAAGAAGCGCUGGGAUUGUUCAAAGAUUCACGGCAGAUGGGACCCAACCUGCACUGUUGCAAUGCCCUUCUAAGCAGCUUGGAGAAAGGGGGCAGAGCGGAACAGGCAAUGGAGCUGCUGAAGAGUAUGGAGAGAGCAGGUGAAGGCUCAGAUUGGCCCUGGCCCAGACCUGAUGUUGUCAGCUACAGUGCAGUUAUCAGUGCUUGUGAAAAGUGCGGUCGGUGGGUCGACGCUUGGGAUUUGCUGUGGCGCAUGCAGGCUAAGCAUGUGCAGCCGAAUGCAAUAAGUUUUAGUGCGGUGAUCUCCGCCUUUGAGAAAGGUGGUCAAGGCCAGCUUGCAUUGCAGGUUCUGAGGAUGAUGCGGGCAUGCUCGGAAAGACCCAAUGUGAUAAGCUACGGUGCGGCAAUCAGCGCCUGUGAGAAGGCCGCUUCCUGGACGCAGGCCUUGGCGCUCCUGGACGAGAUGGUGGUCGUGCAACUGGAGCCCAAUCUGGUCUGCUUCAAUGCCAUGUUAAGCUCACUCAUGGAGGCUGGCAAGGCUGUAAUGGCCACAAGGUUGCUAAGUUCCAUGAGAGAAAACUCAAGCCAACCUGACAUCAUAAGCUAUUCAAUUGCAAUUACAUCGUGCUCCAGGAUGCAGCAGUGGCUGGAAUCAGUAGAGAUUCUUGCUGGAAUGGCUGAACAAGAGUUCGAUCCCACAUGUAUCGCGUACGAAGCCACAUUUGCAGCAUGCGAGGCACAUGGGAAGCUGGAAUUUCUCUGUUUGUUGGAUCCGAUGUCAGAGCAAGCAGUUCGGUCGUGCGGGUUGUUGGGCCAUCGUGGGACACAGACACAUCAUGCCAGAUAA